AUGUCGAAUGUGACAACAGCAUCUUGUCCUGAGCAGUCUAAUAGCUUAAUAAAUAAAACAACUACGGAAAAAAUUGAAAACUCUAUCAAUAAUUCAGCUUACAAUGAGGCAAUCGAAAACUCUAGCAAUUAUAAUACAAGGCUUUGCAUUGAAAGAAGAUUAAGGUUGCCUUUUAUUGAUACCCAGACUGGUGUGGCGCAAAACCAUUCAUCCCUAUAUAUCAACAGAAGGCAAAGAAUACCUGGUUUAUUGUCGGGUCAAAUAUACUCGUACCCCAGGCAAAGAUGGCGCAAACGAAAAAGCCAAUAUUUAACAAUGAACGCAAGAGCUUUUUCUCGAGCAGCUGAUCAUCUGUUAGAGGGAUCUGAUGGUGACAUCCAUAGUAUAUCCCAAAUAGAAAAUCCUGCUUUACAAGAUACCGAUAGUAAAGACAGCCAGCUUCUUAAAGAUGAUGUACCAAAAGAAUGGUUCUACGAUGAAGCGGAUAUGUUGGAAAUGGACAAUUAUGAUGAACCAGAUCCAGAUUCUGAUUUAGACUAUGAAGAGUGUUACAGUAAAAGAAGAAGAGGUAGAAGAGGUGCGGGUAGAGGUCGUGGGGUCGUUGAUUCUCCAAGUACGCCCAAUAGGCGAAAAGGAAGUGGCAGAGGACGUAAGAAGUCUAGUCACAAUUUUGAACCUACACCUGGAGAUCCAGAUAAGCCGUUUGCAUGUGAACUAUGUGGUGCAAGAUACAAAACAAGGCCAGGGUUAACUUAUCACUAUGGCCAUUCACAUAAAGAAGGCGCAAGUGAUGAAAAUUCACGUGAUAGCACUGCUCCUACCCCUCCCACCAGCGGAGCUUCAAUAAGUUCGGGGUUUUCUAAUGUUCAAAUGGUACCGAAUCCACAAGUCAUACCACCACAACCUGCAGGUAGCCCACCAGUAGGAAGUUCAGUACUUUCUGCUGUGGCACCUGAUGCCUCCACAUCCAACAAGAAUGAUUUGGGGCAAGUCUAUCAAGAUAGUUAUGUUUCUUUUCUGAAUCAAACACCUGGUGCACCCCUCAGACGAGGAAGACCCUCGCCCUCGCAUGGUUUGCCCCCAGUAUCUUUAUCUGCUGUUUUAAAUCAAAAUCAAGGACCGCCACCUAAUUUACCACCAAAUUUACCUGAAGAAUUAUCUCCUCCACUUGAAGAUCCUCAAAUGCCUGUAUUAAUUCCAGAGAAAGCGCUAGACUUGGGAACAGUUGGUGCUGACAUGAGCGGAUCAGUUUUAGAAAAUACUGUAACUUCCUCUAUUCCAGAAUCUUCAAAAAAACCGGCAAGCCCUUACUGCGAUUUUUGCUUAGGUGAUUCCAGAGAGAAUAAGAAAACGGGGAUACAAGAAGAAUUAGUAUCCUGCUCUGAUUGUGGAAGAUCUGGACAUCCAACUUGUUUACAAUUCACCAACAACAUGAAAAUCUCUGUUAAAACAUACCGUUGGCAAUGCAUAGAAUGUAAGUGCUGCUCUGUUUGCGGAAAUUCGGACAACGAUGACCAGCUACUGUUUUGUGAUGAUUGUGACAGAGGGUAUCACAUGUAUUGUUUGAGUCCUGCUUUGGUAAACCCACCAGAAGGAUCAUGGUCUUGUAAAUUGUGUAUUGACCAAUUUCACAAGUAA